AUGAACCUUGAUGAGGACAGUGGGCUGCCAGUCAGCUGUGGCAAUGGAAAAUUGAGACAGUGGCUGAUUGAUCAGAUUGACAGCAGCAUAUAUUCCGGCCUGGUUUGGGAAAAUGAUGGAAAGAGCAUCUUUAGGAUUCCGUGGAAACAUGCAGGAAAACAAGACUAUAACAGAGACGAGGAUGCCGCGCUCUUCAAGGCAUGGGCCAUGUUUAAGGGGAAAUAUAAGGAGGGAGUGGACAAGCUGGAUCCCCCCACAUGGAAAACCAGACUGCGCUGUGCUCUUAAUAAAAGCAAUGACUUUGAUGAGUUAGUGGAAAGAAGCCAACUGGACAUCUCAGACCCCUAUAAAGUCUACAGAAUCAUCCCAGAAGCUGCCAAAAGAGGAAUGAAGAUGAGUAUGGAGGAGACACCAUCACAUGUAAAUUCCCUGGGCUAUAUUCCUCCAUAUACGUCUUCACAUGAUCAGGUAUCUGGCUAUAUGGUUUCUCAGGAGAGAAGGGACUGGAGAGAUUACUCACCCACAGAACAGCAACCUGUUCCUCCUCCACAUCAGCACGGGCCCCAUGCAGAGCUACAGUACGGUCAGCUCCACUACCCGUCACCGUUCAGCCGGGUUUGGCCCGGGUCAAACAUAGAAAAUGGUUUUCAGCUCUCCCUCCACACCUGCUUUUCAGAGUCCCAACCACCUGUGUAUUCAAUCAACCCAAACAAUGGCAUAACAGAUUUUAGCCUGCAUGUGUCCCUAUACUACAGAGAGUCUUUGGUGAAGGAGGUCACCACCACCAGCCCAGAAGGUUGUCGGAUCACUUCUCAUUCCUCCUCCUCUCCAUCCUCUUCAUCCUCUUCAUCCUCCUCUUCCCCACGCCUAGAGGACAAGCUUCACAGCGGCGCAGAAAUCAUCCUUUUUCCUUUCCCGUACCCUGAGUCUCAGAGGCAGGGUGCUGACAUGCUUCCUAAUGUCCUGGAGAGGGGGGUGCUUCUGUGGAUGACACCUGAUGGGUUAUAUGCUAAGCGCCUCUGCCAGGGACGGGUUUACUGGGAUGGACCUCUGGCUCCUUAUAUGGAUAAACCCAACAAGCUGGAGAAGGAGCAGCCAUGCAAACUGUUUGACACCCAGCAAUUCCUGAUUGAGCUUCAAGAGUUUGCCCAUAAUGGCCGACAUUUACCGAGGCACCAGGUGGCGCUAUGUUUUGGAGACGAGUACCCCGACCCACAGCGCACGAGAAAGAUGAUCACAGCACAGGUGGAGCCAGUGUUUGCCAGAAAGCUGGUGUACUAUUACCAGCAGAACAAUGGCCACUACCUGCGGGCUCUUGAUCACAUCCAGGACCAGAACACAUCCACAACAAACGACUAUCCUCCCCUGAGACCACUUCAGCAUAUUCAGGAGUGACAAGCACACACACACACACACACACACACACAUACACACACAUAUGUGUGAGCGUGUACUAUAAAUGAUUGAAGCUGUCAUGGAACUGAGAAGUGAAGAUGGGGAAGACGCCGCUGUUUUCACUUUUUCACCUAUACAUCGUAUUCUCUGUGUCUGUGACUGUGGA